GUUCAUAAAAUUUAUUAAAAGCGAGAACUACUUCACCUCCGCAUUAUAUACUCAUAACCUUUCUGAUCUUCAUAAACACCUUCGUUUUGAUCGCUACUCUUUACUCAUAAUAAUCCCAGGUGCUUAACAUGAGAAGGUACAGUCCACCUCCUUAUUAUAGUCCUCCACGGAGAGGGUAUGGAGGUCGAGGAAGAAGCCCGCCAAGGAGAGGACACGGAGGCGGUGGUGGUGGGUAUGGAAGGCGUAAGGAGCAUAGUAAUGGAAGUCUCCUGGUUCGGAAUAUACCUCUUGAUUGCCGACCGGAAGAACUUCGAGCUCCAUUUGAGAGGUUUGGAGCUGUAAGAGAUGUUUAUAUUCCAAAGGACUAUUACACAGGAGAACCUCGAGGGUUUGCAUUUGUGCAAUUUUUGGAUUCACAUGAGGCCAUGGAAGCUCAGCAUCGUAUGAAUGGGCAAAUUUUUGCGGGAAGGGAAAUAUCGGUGGUGUUAGCUGCAGAGACAAGGAAAAGGCCUGAGGAGAUGCGUCACAGAACUAGGACUAGCCACAGAGGACCUUCAGGCUAUGAAGGACGAUCAUCUCAUUAUGGGCGCUCGCGAUCUCGUUCAUUGUCGCGCUCCCCUCGACAUCAUAUGAGUUCUAGGUCUAGAUACCGCUCAAGGUCAUUUUCUCCUGCACCAAGACGGCGGGACUACUCUGCUUCCCCAGUCCGAAGGCAUGCAGACCAUUCCAGGUCUCCUGACCGUCUUCCAGCGGAACGAGAUGGUAACCGCGUUCGUAGGUCAUAUUCUCCAGGUUAUGGCCCAGAUGGUCCAGAGGAAAAUGCCCCUGGUUAUGUCGAGAAACCGGCAUAUGCUCCAGAGGAAGGACGAGGCUGGAGGCCAUCACAUGGUAGAGCAUCGAGGUCACCGUCUGGGUCGAGAUCCAGAUCAGCAGACUUGUCACCAAGGCGCAGCAGAUGAAGCGAAAUGGAUUCGGAGGGUUAUCACAUGGUUUUUUGGAUUCCGUGAUUGUAACAUGAUUUUCUAUAUAGGACUUGGAAUAUGCGACUGGAUGUUAAGUUUCUAGGAAUUUCGAAUGCUUGUUUUCAGGGAGAUGGUGAAAAGUCACGGUCUUGUUAGUCGGUCAAUGCGGUGGCUCUUUCACCCUGCCAAACAAAUAUUAGUAUGUUUGUAUGAAUGUUAUAUGAUAAUUUAAUUUCUGUUGAAUGCUGUGCA